AUGCUCUCCCACACAGGACUGAAGUGCGGAAUUCGUGCAGUUGAUUCGAAAAGUACAGAAACUAUCUUGGAAUCGGGGUUCUUCUCGAGAAUUAGUAGCUGGGGAAAUUCAACAGUUGGUGGACACCCGUGGCAGGUCUCCCUGAAAUUAGGUAGGCAGCACUUCUGUGGAGGAAGCUUGAUUCAAGAUGAUCUGGUGGUUACAGCAGCACACUGCCUGGCUAGCCUCGAUGAGAAGCAAAUUAAGCGUCUGACUGUGACUGCUGGGGAGUAUAACUUCUUUCAGAAGGAUAAGGAGGAACAGAAAAUUCCUGUCUCAGAAAUUAUUAUCCAUCCCAAAUACAACAGACUUGGAUAUAUGAGUUUUGAUAUUGCACUGCUAUAUCUAAAACACAAAGCCAACUUUGGAACUACUGUUCAGCAGAUCUCUAUUCCCCAUAGAGGUGAUACAUUUGAAGAAGGGAUUUUUUGCAUGGCCAGUGGAUGGGGCAAGAUUUCAGAGACAGCAGAAUAUUCAAAUGUCCUACAGGAAGUGGAACUUCCCAUCAUGGAUGACAGAACAUGUAAAACUAUGCUCAAGGGUAUGAACCUUCCUCCCCUGGGAAGGACCAUGUCGUGUGCCGGUUUUCCUGAUGGGAAAAAGGAUGCCUGCCAGGGGGACUCUGGAGGUCCACUUGUUUGUAGAAGAGACGAUGGAAACCGGGUUCUUGCUGGGAUAACUUCCUGGGGAGCUGGUUGUGCUAGAGGCUGGAAUCCUUUCAGAAAUAAACAUAGAAGGGCAUCACCUGGCAUUUUUUCCAAGGUGUUUGAGUUAAUGGAUUUUAUCACUCAGACCAUGACAGAUUGUAGACCUCAGGGAACAGUAUUAUUUGGAGAAAAUGGGAAGAUUCGUUAUCCCCAUUCGAAAGAGAGCAACCAUUCUCAUAAUCGCUUACGUAUCUGGAAAAUAAUGGUACCAGAAAAUAAAAUUAUCCUAAUAAAAUUUACAAGCUUAGACAUAGAAAAUCAAGUUGAAUGUGACCAUGACUAUGUAUCUUUACAAUCAAGCAGUGGAGUGCUUAUUAGUAAGGUCUGUGGAAAUAUAUUGCCCACACCAUUGCUGACAGAGACCAGUGAGGCCACAGUUACCUUUGUUUCUGAUACAGACAACAGUGGCAGCAGCUUUGAGCUUACCUUUACUGCUGUACGGAAGAACUCAGAAGCAGGUUCAGGAUGUGGGAGUGGGGCUGUGCUGGUGGUGGAAGGGAUGAUUCACUCUGCGGGCUAUCCUCACCUGUAGCCCAGGAAUGUAGGGUGUCACUGGUUGAUUCAUGCUCCAGAGAAACACAUUAUAAAGUUGACACUUGAAGACCUUAGUAUUGAAUUUAACCAAAACUGUACUCAUGCUGUUGUGAUUUAUGGUGAUCCUGAAGAGGAACAUGGGGUGGCUAAGCUUUGUGAAAUCUUGAACCCUACUCGGGUAUUCAGUCCUGGUAACAUGAUGGUGAUUCAUUUUAAAAGUGAUGGUGAAAAGAAUUUCCAACGCUUCAAGGCUAGAUUCAGCAUUUUACCCUCAGGGUGCUUGAAUCACCUAGGUAGCAAAAUUAAAAUGCAGAUUCCUGGGCCUGGCCCCAAAGAUUUUGAUUCUGUAGAUGUGGAAUGGGGCCCUGAAACCUGUGCUUUAAGAAGUACUUCAGAUGAUGCCAAGAAACUAUGUCCACUAGAUUAUCAAAAAAUAUUCCAAGCACCUUAUAUGAAAAGCUCUUUAAACAAAAUUGGAUCAACAUCAUCUUCCAAAACCAAUGCUGUAUCUUCUACAAAAGAUAUUCCAUAUGGUGUCUGUGGCAUCCCUCCAUUUAGUCCCCAGUGGCUUUCCAGGAGAAUUGCAGGAGGGGAAGAAGCCUGCCCCCACUGCUGGCCGUGGCAGGUGGGUUUGAGGUUUCUAGGCAAUCACCAGUGUGGAGGUGCCAUCAUCAGCUCUAUUUGGAUUCUGACUGCAGCCCAUUGUGUGCAAUCGAAAAAUAAUCCACUCUUGUGGACCAUUGUUGCUGGAGACCAUGACAGAACCUUGAAGGAACCAACUGAGCAGGUGAGAAGGGCAAAACACAUCGUGGUGCACGAAGACUUUGACAGACUGACCUUUGACUCUGACAUCGCCCUAAUACAGCUGAGCUCUGCUCUGGAGUUCAACUCAGUGGUGAGGCCAGUGUGUCUCCCGCACAGCACGGAACCUCUGUUUUCCUCUGAGAUCUGUGUUGUGACUGGAUGGGGAAGCGUUAGUGAAGAUGGUGGCCUAGCGAGUCGCUUACAGCAGAUUCAAGUGUCCGUGUUAGAAAGAGAGGUCUGCGAACGCACUUACUAUUCUGCCCAUCCAGGAGGGAUUACAGAGAAGAUGAUCUGUGCUGGCUUUGCAGCAUCUGGACGGAAAGAUGUGGGUCAGGGAGAUUCUGGUGGGCCAUUAGUAUGUAAACAUGAAAAAGCUCCCUUUGUCCUCUAUGGCAUUGUCAGCUGGGGAGCCGGCUGUCCCCAGCCAAGGAAGCCAGGCGUAUUUGCCAGGGUGAGUGUCUUCUUGGACUGGAUUCAAUCCAAAAUCAAAGGUCCUGUUUUACUUCAGAUAAAUAAAAAAAGCAAAAUCUUAACAAGACAACAAUUGCCACCACCCACACCUUCAAGAGACAGUGCAUCUGGGCCAGGCUGUUACUCUGAAGUGGAGCUGGAAGAGCCCAGAGGCUUUUUUUCCUCUCCAAGAUAUCCACUGGAUUAUAGAGGAAAACUGGAAUGUUCUUGGGUGCUCAGAGUUUCACCAAGCAGUAUGGCAAAAUUUACGGUUGAGUAUCUGUCACUCCCUGGGUCUCAUGUGUGUCGCGAUUCAGUUCUGACUAUUUAUGAAGAAAACCGCAAUGAGAGAAGGAUGUCAGGUGAAUUAUGUGGGAGAAGGCUUUACCCAAUGAUUUUCGUGAGCUCUGGACCACUGGUGAGGGUGACAUUUCAUUCCCGUGUGCAAGGUGCUUUUGGCAUAAAUUAUAUUGUCUUUAGAGUCCAAGGUCCAAAGGGCAGUAAGACUACCAAAUUUCUUCAGAGUUCAAACCAAGAGCAUGUGACCACUUGUGAUGAUGUUAUUCUGACCAAACCAACAGGAAUCAUAGAAAUCCCAAGAUAUUUUCACAGAACCACUAUGAGCUGCCACUGGAGAUUAUUAGCCCCUUUAAAUCACAUCAUUCGCCUUGAUAUUGUCAACUUCCAGAUGCAACCAAUGCCCUUGGCCUGUCAGGGUCACCUGUGGGUUUACGAAGGAUUUGGAUCAGGCAAAAAAUUAAUAGGAGAUCUAUGUAAAGGAGAUUCACCUUCAUUAAAAUCUCAUGGUCCUCUUAUGAUGUUGAUUUUCACAUACAAUUCUGAUAAUGUGAGAAAUGUUGGAUGGAGAACACAAAGAAGAUUUGCAUCAAGUUCAAAUUAUGUAAAUGAAAGUAUACCGAUGUCCAGUAUUGGAUUUGAUUCCAGUUAG